AUGCCGCGGUCCUUCCUCGUCAGGAGCAAACGGACUCAUGUCCUCAGCUCGUACAGGGUCAGACAUCAGUCCCAGUCCUGGUCCCACACUGAUGAUCAGGCCCUGCAGCCAGUAGGGGGACAGGACAGGGGGCGUCCUGCCAGUCCCUCCACCUCAGGGGUCACAGACUUUGUGGCUGAUGCUUCACCGUUGGAUGGGAUGGACGUCCAGUUCCACGGUGGCUCCACACACGAUUCCUCUACUGCAGCGAAAGUCCCCGAAGGGACAAGAGACGCCGCUCAUCCCGUCUCCAUGUGGCCGUCUGAGAGAGAGAGGGAGCUGGAGAAACUGGUCUUCAUGCUCCUCAGCCACACGGCACACGUUGACCUGAAAUCCCCCGUCAGCCAGUGUCCGCUCUGUGAAAAGCCUCUUUCAGAACUUCACCUUCGCAACAUCUUCUCGUUCCCGUUGACAUCAUCCCCCAUGACCUCUGACCUCAGCCACGUGCCCUUUGGGUUCACUGCACUCAGCAGCUAUGGUCGAGCGAAGGAGCGUAGCUUUGGCUGCAAGGUGUGUGGCAAAGUGUUCAAGCGCUCGUCCACGCUCUCCACGCACCUCCUCAUCCACUGGGACACGCGGCCUUACCCGUGCCAGUACUGUGGAAAACGCUUCCACCAGAAGUCCGACAUGAAGAAACACACCUUCAUUCACACGGGUGAGAAGCCACACGUGUGCAAGGUGUGUGGUAAAGGAUUCAGCCAGAGCUCCAACCUCAUCACCCACAGCAGGAAGCACAGCAGCCAGCAGCCGUUCAGCUGCAGCCGCUGCAGCAGCAGCUUCCAGCGCAGGGUGGACCUGCAGCGCCACCAGGAGGCGCAGUGCGGAUAUGACAACAUGUACAGCUUGAGCUGA